CGCCGCUGGGGGAGGGAGGGAGCGAGCGAGCGACCGAACCAGUGACGCGACCCGAGCCUGGAGCCGGGGCCCAGCGGAGCGCGAGCCCUCCCCUUCCACACGCGCCCCCGCUCCCUCCAGAUCCGCGCACAUAACGAUCUUUGAAACUGAACUGAAUUUUGAAAUUCAUCUUGAAUUAAGAUGGCUCCUGCAGUUGGAGGUCCUGUAGGCUAUACCCCACCAGAAGGAGGCUGGGGAUGGGUCGUGGUUAUUGCAUCUUUUAUCUCUAUUGGCUUCUCUUAUGCAUUUGCCAAAUCAAUUACUGUAUUCUUCAAAGAGAUUGAAGUCAUCUUCAAUGCCACUUCUAGUGAAGUCUCAUGGAUAUCUUCCAUCAUGUUGGCUGUUACGUAUGGAGGAGGUCCCAUUAGCAGUGUCCUGGUGAACAAGUAUGGCAGCCGGCCAGUAGUGAUGGUUGGUGGCCUCUUAUCAGGAUGUGGUUUGAUCGCUGCUUCAUUUUGUAACACUGUGCAAGAGCUAUACUUCUGUGUUGGAGUCAUUGGUGGUCUUGGACUCUCCUUGAACUUAAAUCCGGCUUUAACCAUGAUUGGCAAAUAUUUCUUCAAAAAGCGUCCAUUGGCAAAUGGGUUGGCCAUGGCUGGGAGUCCUGUGUUUCUCUCUACCCUGGCACCCAUAAAUCAGAUUUUCUUUGGUGUCUUUGGCUGGAGAGGCAGCUUCUUAAUUCUGGGGGGGUUGCUUCUAAACUGCUGUGUGGCUGGAUCUCUUAUGCGACCGAUAGGACCCAAGCCAGGUGCAGAGAAAAAAGAAAUAUCCAAAGAAUCCCUACAGGAAAUAGGGAAGAUGGACUCCAAAAAAGGUGCUGGUGAUGCAAAUACAGAUCUUAUUGCUGGAAACAGUAAGCAGGAGAAGCGUUCUAUCUUCCAAACAAUUAAUAAGUUCCUAGAUUUUUCCCUGUUCAAGCAUAGAGGCUUUUUGCUGUACCUCUCUGGCAAUGUGCUCAUGUUUUUUGGAUUAUUCACUCCCUUAGUUUUUCUUAGUAAUUAUGCCAAGAGUCAGAAUAUAUCUAAAGAGUCUGCUGCCUUUCUACUCUCCAUUUUAGCUUUUGUCGACAUGGUAGCCAGACCCUCUAUGGGACUUGUAGCCAACACAAAGUGGGUGAGACCACGAAUACAGUAUUAUUUUGCUCUCUCGAUAAUUGCUAAUGGCAUAUGCCACCUGUUGGCACCCUUAUCCACCAAUUAUGUUGGGUUUUGUAUCUAUGCGGCAUUCUUUGGAUUUGCAUUUGGCUGGCUCAGCUCUGUAUUGUUUGAAACGCUCAUGGACCUUGUUGGAACCCAAAGAUUCUCCAGUGCUGUGGGUUUGUUGACAAUCAUGGAAUGCUGUCCUGUCCUCCUGGGACCACCACUUUUAGGUCGUCUCAAUGAUAUGUAUGGAAACUACAAAUACACAUACUGGGCCUGUGGCAUCAUCCUGAUUGUAUCAGGCAUCUACCUCUUUAUUGGCAUGGGCAUCAAUUAUCGCCUUUUGAGAAAAGAACAGAAAGAAGAGGAGGAACUGAAAAAAGAAGGAAGAGAGGAAGAAACCAACAUAGAUAACAUCGAGAAGCAGAAAGAAGCCAAUAAGGCCAUUGAGUCUGCUCAGCCAAAAACCCCUGAAGAAGGCCCCAAAGAAGAAGAAAAUCGUAUUUAAGACUGCAGCACUGCAGAGGUGGGGAGAUAAGAAAGGAGAGUUGAGAAGGGACUCCUGGCUGACUGGUACCAGUGGUGCUUAAUGCAGAAAAGGGUAUUUCUGUGCAAAAUUGUACCAAGUGUUCGUGAAAUUUUUCAGUUUGGGGGGUUUUCCUUUUAUAUUUAAUAUCAUUACAAACAAAAUCUGCCAUAUUUUGGAGGAGAGUAAGAAUUGAGGGAAGGAACUAGUUUUUAUAUAUUGAAUUUUAAUAGUGAUUUGAAAAUACUUAUGUGCCUUAAAUGUUUGUCUGUAGAACUCCUCAUAAAGCCUUAACUUUUAAAGUUGUUUUAUUUUGUCUUUAAAAUUAUCUCAUUUUUUAAAAAUCAGGCAGCAGACAUCCCUGGAAGAAAAAGACACAAAACCCCAUGUGAUGACUAAGAAUGUUGAUCCUAGUUUAAAACUAAGCCUGCUUCAUGGUACUUCUGUUACGUCCUGUCGGGCACAUUAUCCCAGGGGUCUGUGUUGGAAGGACUGACAAGAGCUUUGAAAUUGCCUUUCACUGUUGUUAAAAUUUUUCCUUGUAUAACUUUUUGCCUCCCAUCCAUAUUUUCUAACUAUAUCUGUCAUUCAGAAUAUAGUCCCAAAAUACCAUUUUUUCCUUUAAUGUGACUUGUACUCAGUACCCCUCAUUGUUCUUGGAUUAUUUUUCCCUGGGAUGGUUAUUAGAAAUUUAAAAUGCUUAUGAGAACUUUAAAAAAAACACUAAUAUUAAAAUUCACUUCACUGUUUUUAGAUGUGUGAAGUGGGUACUUUUAACCCUUUACUGUACUUUAACCCCACUUUUGAAAUGACUUGGUAUCAUUUUCCUUACUUUUUAAAUGUUAGAAAGUAGAAUGGUUUUGUUUUUUAAACAAGUCUCUGUCUUUGGGCUGCCUUAGUAAAUAUCCUGAAUUCCAUUAAAUGUAGAGUGGCAUUUGAAGGAAUGACCGAAUUUAGCUCAGGUGUUUUGUCCCACCCCACCCCCAAACCUCAGUUAAACUUAGUGAGACUGUUGGAAGCAUUUUUUCUGGCAACUUUUUUCUGGCUUUUCCUCUAUUUACACUGGUCGCCUUUUACUCUUCUCUGAGUUUUAAGGUUUUAUUUUGUUUGAAAGUUUUUCCAUGUUUGCAUAUGAAACCAGGCCAGAGGAAUUUGGCCACGAAGACUAUUCAGGAGAAGAUGGGAGGAAAUUUGCUGAUGUACUUAAUACUCAGUGAAGACUUUCACUGUCUUUCUCAUUAAACCUUAAAACAAAUUAAGAUAAUUAGUAAGAAACAAUUAGAUUUAUUCUCUUCCCAAAAGGAACCUGAAGAGUUUGUGAGCCUAUUUAUUCACUUCAAGUUAGAGAAUUAUAGUCUUGAGAAGAUAAGGGAUGGGGAAAGGGGAAGAUCAGGAAAAAGUUUUCCCCUAAUGUCUUGUGUACAUGGAGGAAGGAAGAGUGAUAAAAAAGCAUUCAGUGAAUAGAAUUAACAGUAAGUGACCUAGGGAAAGUGUUGAUCCAAAACCUUGUAAAAGGAUAACUUUUCAAAAUAAAUACUUUUUAAAAAAUUCAUCAAACUGAGUCUGUAGGAAUCUGAGUCUCUCUUUUUUUUAUAACAAGUUCCAGAGUGUCACUUAAUAUUAAACCAAAUCAUGCCAGCAUUUAUGUGCCUUGGAGGUUUGUUUAUGUGGUUGGUGUCCUUCAUUUUUUUUUUUUCCAUUCUCUGCUCUCCUUUAAGGCAGGCAGACAAGAGGUAUGUUUUUUAAAUUGCCUCAGAUAACUUAGCCUUCAGGGGAAAAUGCAGGACCCACUUUUUAAAUAAAAUGUGCUUGCGUGGUUAUCCUUCACCCCACCUCCCUGUCCCCGGAAGAUGUAUUUAGAAACAAAAUAUAAUUGACUGCAUCAUUUUUGUUAGAAUUCAUAAAAAAUCAAGAGGUUGGGGCUAUGGGGAAACUCUAUGGAAAGAAGCACCUAAUAUGAGUCUACAAGCAGCGAUAAGAGUUGUGGAGCCAACCAGUACUUCUGUGCUGAGUCAUAGCAUCUUAUAACAAACAGGGCCUUGGGGGAUCAUCCUGUCUAAUGCUUUUAUUUUAAAGACACAGAAACUGAGGCCCCCAAAGUUCAGUGAUUUGUCCUUGUCAGGCAGCAAGUCAGUAAGAGCAUUGGAUCUAUAGCCUGCUCUCCUAGCUCUGAAUACAGUGUUCUUUCAUUGUGCUACGUCUUCUAGUCCUUUUACUGCCCAGUUAUCACUUUGUAAGUCAUACAAACAGGCUACUGAUGCUUUUUGUCCUGCUAUGGAGGCUUUGGAAUGUAGGAAGUGUAGGAAUUCUUAAGGUAUCGUUGCCUAGUGCUUUAAGAGAACAGAGAAGUAUAUGUAGUCUCCAUUAAUCUGCCUGCUUCUCCCCUUUUUUUCGCCAUUCCACACAUUUCUUCAUAAAUCAUAGAGAAAAAAAAGGCAGAUUUAUCUGUAGUUGCAGUGCCAAUCUGAAGAGAAAUCCCAGGAGCCUCUUUUUGGCAGUGCUUUCAUCUCCAUGCCUAAGGUGGGGAGCCAGUUACUAAUCAUGCCUGUUAAAAUGCCAGUCAAGUUUGUAAACAAAAAAAAACAACACACAAAAGUAAAGUUGAAAUUAGUCAGUUACCUAAGGCGAAACUAUUAAAGGAUUUUGGGAAAAUGCCUCAUUUUAUUUUACUGAAUGAUUAUUGAGCUUAAUAGAAAUAAAGGCUAACAUAAAAUAAAAAUAAACUCUUUUCCAGCUUAAAACAACCAAAAAAACCCUACAAGUUUCAAACUCUGUUGACAAAUUAUCUAAAUUCAGGAAUUUUCUAUAAAUUUAGUAUGAGAAAAUGGCCAACAUAAAUUAGUAGGUUGUACAAAAAAAUCUUUAGGAAAAGAUAAGAAAAAAAUUAUGAAAAAUCCAAGUGACCAUUCCUGAAAUUUUUAAGCUUGACCCAGAGGCAGUAUUAAAUGGUAUAAUGUGAAUAAUUCUGUUUGGUCCUGAUGGCUCACUGGGUUACUAGUGAUAUAUGUACUGUAUUUAUACGUGUGUGUGUGUGUGUGUAUGUGUCUGCACGUGUGUGUAUUUUUAUCAUUGUUGUCUUCCUGAAUUUUACAAAAGGAAAAAGACAAUGUGGGUCGGGGUAUUUGCUUUUUAAAGCCAUUUAAUGUUUUGUAUGAAGCAGUGUUUUAUUGUAUUGAAUGUUGAACAUGUAAACUAGAUGUUGAUUUUAUGUUUUAGAUCCAAGUAUUUAGAUUUUUUUCUCUUAGUAAAUGGUUCACACAAUACAAUAAACUUAGCAAUAAUUA